AUGGUCAAGGAGACCAAGUUCUACGACCUCCUCGAGGUCACGCCCGGCGCGUCCGAGGCCGAGCUCAAGAAGGCCUACCGCAAAAAGGCGCUCAAGGAGCACCCAGACAAGGGUGGUGAUCCCGAAAAGUUCAAGGCCAUCACCGCAGCAUACGAGGUCCUGUCCGAUUCGGACAAGCGCGACCUCUACGACCGCUUCGGCGAGCAGGGUCUCGAAGGCGGCGGAAUGGGCGGCGGCAUGGACCCGCAAGACCUCUUCUCGCAGCUGUUCGGUGGAGGUGGCGGCGGCUUCUUUGGCGGUGGAGGUGGACGCCCGCGCGGUCCUCGCAAGGGCAAAGACCUCGUCCACCGCGUCAAGGUCUCGCUGGAAGAGCUCUACGUGGGCAAGGUCACCAAGCUCGCGCUGCAGAAGCACGUGCUGUGCAAAAAGUGCGACGGUCGCGGCGGCAAGGAGGGCGCGGUCAAGACCUGCGGUGGUUGCAACGGUCAAGGUAUUAAGGUCGUCCUCCGCCAAUUGGGUCCCAUGGUGCAGCAGAUGCAGCAGACCUGCCCAGAGUGUCAAGGCCAGGGCGAGAUCAUCAACGCCAAGGACCGCUGCAAGGAGUGCAACGGCAAAAAGAUCAACCAGGAGCGCAAGGUGCUCGAGGUGCGCAUCGACAAGGGUAUGGAGGAUGGUCAGCAGAUCACUUUCAAGGAAGAAGCGGAUCAGGCGCCCAACACGAUCCCAGGCGAUGUGGUCAUCGUUGUCGACGAGAAGCCGCACCCUCGUUUCAAGCGCAGGAAGAACGACCUGUUCAUCGAUGUCGAGGUGGAUCUGCUGACCGCGCUCGGUGGUGGCAAGAUCCUGAUCGAGCAUCUGGACGACAAGGCGCUCUCGGUCGAGAUCCCUGCGGGCGAAGUGGUCAAGCCGGGCGACAUCAAGGUCCUCCGUGGUCAGGGCAUGCCCAGCUACCGUCACCACGAGAUGGGCGACCUCUACGUCAACCUCAGCGUCGUCUUCCCCGAAAGCAUCGACGUGGAGCACAUCCCGCUGCUCGAAAAGGCGCUGCCACCACGCAAGGCGCUGCCAAAAACAAAGAAGGAGGUGGACGUCGAGGAUGUGCAGAUGGACGAGCUGGACGAGCGCGAGGCGCGCAACGUCAAGCCCAACGGCGCUGGUGGCCACCCCGGUAUGGAUGACGACGACGAGGAGGGCGGCGCUCAGGGCGUCAGCUGUGCUCAGCAGUAG